AUGGAUGCAGAGACUCCCCAUUCGCAAGAUAAUGACUUUCCGCAAUCGCCCUGGGUCGACUUGAGCGGGUUUCACCCUUCCCAACAGUCUCCACCAAUGGAUUAUCAUGGAUUCGAAUAUGGGGUACUUCCAAUAGACCCUUCCUACGGCGUGACAAUACCACCUCCUUAUACAUCGAUGCCGUUGACAUUACCUUCCAGCACUUGGCCAAGUAUGCUUGCCACGACUCAGCCGCCGUUCCCGCCGGAGGCUCAGUUGGUUCCAAUCCCUAUUGCUCCCUCUGUAUCACCAAUUACACCUAUUCCACCCCCCAGAAAGUCAUCUGCGAGUAGUUCAACGCCACGGAGGACGCUCACGGACGAAGAUCGCCGGCGUAUGUGCCUUUAUCAUGAAGAAAACAAGACAGCCAAACAAACUGAUAUUGGAGCGCUUUUUGGAGUAGAAAGAAGUACGGUUUCGAAAGUCCUACGGCAAAAGGAAAAGUAUCUCAACCCUGAUGAUGGGAGUCGAUCUCCUAUCAAAAGGGCCAAAGGCCGUGUUCCUGAUAUUGAAAAGGCUCUAUCCAACUGGGUAAGGAAUUACCAGCGCCAUGGCCAUCCUUUAACCGAUGAAAUGAUCCGGGAGAAGGCUCUCUUCUUUGCUAGUACUUGUGGUAGCCCGGAUGGAAAGGAGAAAGUGCUCAGCAACAGCUGGCUGGAAAAGUUCAAGCAAAAGAAUGGUUUAUUAGGCUCUAAGUCCCGAAAGGGUUCCUUCAGCGCAAAGAGUGACUCGGAAAGUCCGACUGGCUUGACCAUCAACCCGGCACUGGCAUCCGCUCUACAUUCUCCAACUAUCCUUUCGCCUACCUCACCCACUGGGUUUAUUACGCCAUCGCCAUUAUCACCCGCACAAAGCCAGGAGAAUAUCAGAGCGAGUAUCAUCCAUGCUCUUCCGGAUUUGUCAAUUGACUAUCAAAAUACACAUUCCAGAAGCACGACCUCUCUUGACACCGCGUUGUCGAUGUCCGCUGGCGUCACUAGCCCUCUGACUGAAAGCCCAUUCACCCCGACAAGUCAAUCCCGCAAUUCGUCCACAGAUGGCAAUUCCAGCAGGCCACGAAGUCAAACAUUCCCCCUCGCUAGCGCGGACCCCAGUUUGAUCUCUACGGAUGAGCCUUCCGACCAAAUGUCUGUAAAGGACUCUAUUCGCGCAUUUUCCAUGGGAAUGGAUGGGGAGGAGCACGAUCUUAAAGGUGGUCUCAAUAUCGAUACGUCCGCGGGCACGAUCAAGCGAAAUCGAAGCAAUCCCGAGAUCCGGGCGAAAACUGUCUACCCCCCAUCAUUCUCCAAGUCCACAACGGUAUCUCCGAUUAGCUCCCCGGGUUCACCAACUCAGGAUGAAGCUCGAAAGGCUUUGGAGCUGGUGAUGAGUUACUUUGAGCAGCAGCCAUCCGGGCUAGUUGCACAGGACUAUGUGACCAUUGGCAAAUUGAUGGAACGACUUGAGCUCGCCAAAGCCCAGCAACCGAACACACUUCCGGGCGGUCUCACUCGGAUUGAUGAGCACGAUGACGCUGUACCUCUUAUCGCUAAGAAACAAAGUAUUCAUGGCCUGGGUUAA